AUGGCGAGCAAAUAUUUGCAAAAGUACCAAGUCCCUGAAGGAUUUUAUGAUAUACUACAUGAAUUUACUCGUGAGGUAUUGCGUGCUUAACCAGAGGACAUAAUAGAAUACGCUGCUAAUUAUUUUGAGCACAAAGCUUAAGGAAAGGAAUAUUAUUAUGAAAGUAAGUAUAAUAUCUAAAGGGAUAAGUAUGAUUAAGAUAAUUCAAAGAAAUAUAACCCUACUCCUAAUUAAGAUUAUGCAGAACAAGCAAAAAGAGUAGUCUAAGCUUCCAACUAAAGAGUUUAAGUUUAAAGUUAAUAAUCUGGUCAUAAAUCUCCUGCACAUUAACAUUCUAAUUCUCAACAACAUCAAGGAUAAUAAACUCAGGAAGCUGCUUCUCACCAUCCUUAAAGAUAACCUUCAGGAAACAAUGCAGGAAGACCUUAAACUUAAAAUUCUAUAACAAGCGAUAAGCCUAAUGAUACAUCAAAGCUUUCUCAUAAAUCUAAAAAGAGUGAUUAGUCUCACCCAGAAGAGAAGAAAAUCUCUAAAGAGUUUGUCGGUGAUCUAUAUAAUUCUGCACUUCACAAAGCAUUAAAACCAACUCACUAAGAAGAGGCCUAUGAAGGAUAGGAAGAAGAUGGAGAAGGUUAGGAAGAAUAAUAAUAAAACUAUGCUGAUGAAGGUGAAGGUUAAGAAGAAGGUGAAUACUAUUAGGGUUAAUAAUAUGAAGGAGGUGAAGAAGGUGAAUAUGUCUAGUAAGAAGGUGAAGAAUAUGAAUAAUAAGAAGGAGGAGAAUACGAAUAACAAGAAGGUGGAUACGAAUAAGAAGAAGCAGGAGAAGUAUAAUAUGAAUAGCAAGUAGAAACUGAAUAAUAAUAGUAAGAAUAGGAAGUUUAAUAGAGCUAACCAGAAUAGGUAGUAUUAGAUGGUCCUGUCGAAGAAUAUGAAAAUGUUGCCCUUAAAAUCUAAUCUGUAUACAGAGGGAAAAAAUCCAGAUAAGAAUAAAAAUAGAAUUAAUAAUGA